UGAUGGUGUUUAAAAUUAUAAUCGGAUGGCCAUCAAACAAAUCCUUCUCCCAUCAUCUCCUUUCUCUAGUGCUCGAAUCCUCUUUCUCUGUGCUCAAAAUCUCUCUGUUAAAUAUGUCGAUCUUCUUAUUCCGCUUCAAUGCUUACCUUCUAUCGGUGGACGAUCCAGGUACAAGUUUGGCUGACUUAUCUAGCGAAAUCUGCUCAUGGGGUUACAUUGUGAAUCGGGGCAGCCCUUGUAUCUUGAGCCGGUCCAGCUCAACAAUUGCGUCAUCUUCGUUGUUGCAAGAUCAAUUAACUCCAUUUCCCAAUAAAGUUUCUUUUGCAAUAUUGGAUAUAUCUCUAAGAGGUAUCAGCAGCAGGCGCCAAGAGAGACUUGGCAGGUGGAAGAAUAGCAACGGCAUCUCUCUGGAGUCUGGGGAAGAGAGUAUUUCUUGAAGAUGACCCUCAGUUUAUGAUUAGCAGCCUCCAGAUGGUAACCAACCAGAAGCUUGGCGCACCCCAUAAGCUGCCCUUCAGAGAAUCCUGUGUGAACCCUCAGCGUAUCAUUCCAAGCCGGAGUUCUGUUCAACGCACACCUAGCAGCAUACACCGCUGACGCAGCAAUCAUCGACGGGCAGCAUACACAUCUGUUACAUUUCUAAUAUGCUUGCACAACGGUUCAGAUUAAAGCUUAUGAUUAAUGUCACUUCACUUUUGCAGUAAUCUUGUGCAGCAUUAUUAGUUAUAUAGUUAUAUAGUUAUAAGUACAUGUGAGUUUAAGUUCUUCAGAUUGAAAGAUUUUUAAAGUUCAUUAUUUAUUCAGAUUGAAUGAUUUGCUUGACUAAUUUUUUCAGUUCACUAAUAUAUGGAGGAACAAGAAAGUUUAGAGUUCAAGUUUGGAGAAGAUGGUCUUUGAUCAUGUGUGAGACUGGCGGGUGGUCUCUUGUGUUAGAAGUAUGAUAUUGAAUAUUGAUUUUUUUGAACUUUAAAUUGUAAUCGUAAGUAGUCUUCUGCGUAGUAUGUAUUGAGCUGUUGCACUUUGUGUAAUCUGUAAAUUUUGGAUGGAUGGUACUAAUUUUCAAUUUUUGGAAGCGUGUAA